CUUGUACGUAGGUAGUAGGUUGUACCUAGUCUGUACUUCGUACAUGGUACUUUCUACUACUUUGCAUAGAAACCAAAGAUGUGUAUCUUCCUUCUUCUUUCUUACUACAACAUCCAUUGGAUGUAGACACCCACCAAAACUCUUGGGAUGGCACAACGGCUGAUCAUAGUCCAGAUCCAGGCCAAGCCCAUUGACCGUACCGCCAGUUCGGAAACAUCAUAGGUAGAUUAUAAAGCCAAGCCCGUCGCGACGCCGUCAUUAGCAUUUGAUGCUUCUUCCCCACACCCCCCUUUUUAAGAAUUGCCUGCCUAUCUACCUAUAGUGCUUCUUUAUUUGUAAGCUUCGUCACCAAAUUCGGAGGCCGAGUCGUGCUCGGCGAGGGGCUCGGUAUAGUCUCCAAAACCAAGUAUAUAACUCCACACGUGCCUCUAUAGUAGAUAAAUCUCAAUACGCAGGAAUCUAGCAAGUAUGGCGACAUCACGUACCAUACAUAUCACUCCCGAGAAUACCGGGCUCUGGGAAAUUCAACAGAAUGAGCCCGCCGCGAAGCAGGCCACUGAAAUAUUACAGGAAGACCUCGAGACACAUCAUGUUUUCUUCAACGAUGAUGGAUUCCAUAACCAUAUAAGUCAUCACAUACUAUCUCUAUACGGCACAGGUGCUUCGGCUGAGACCUUGAGGAGGGGUUAUGCAGAGAAUUCGUCGUACCAGAAACCAGCUAUGAAAAAGCAUGAGAAAGUCAUCGAGGAACUCAAUGACUGGGAGAAAGCCAAGAGUCGUCUCGGCAAAGAACAAUAUUAUCCCGACUUUCUCGCCUUCUUUCAAGGGGAGAUCGACAAGUUUGGCUGGGAAAAGGUGUUGAAAGAAUACCUAUUCAAGGGUGAUGACACAAGCGAGGAUAUGCUGAUUCGAAUGCUUGCCGGGUUUCUUCAUCCCAUAAUUCAGCUCAUGUAUGGUAUCGAGUGGAAGCAGCCCGCCAUGGUCGCCAUGGGUCUAGCACAGGCUGCUGUCCAUCAAGACAACUUUAAAAAGUUUUUACUCACCACCGAGCAAGCCUCCAAGUCAACCUUAGCGCCAAUGCCUAGCAUUGCGAGUCUCCUAGAGGAAGUCAGGUCGAAUGAGAAGCUCGCUCACUCUGCGAGGGUGACAGACGGUAACAAGAUUCGCGACGGGGUCUUGGCUAGAGCAUGGGACGAGAUGGUUGAGGUAACGAGCCGCGUGAAGGUCAAGCCAGAGGAGUUGGAGGAGAGGACGGCGGAGAUGUAUCACACUGCGAUCUAUGAAGGUGCUCUUGCGGCAUUCCAUCCCGGAAAGCAACCCAAGUUUGACUUCUUCCUCAUGCACCAUAUAAAUGUCUGUCCUAUUUUCUUAGUCAUCAGUAGCCAGGACUGGAUUCCCAUCGAAAGUAAAGUACGACUUCUUGAAUGGAAGAUACGAAUGGAUCUUGUCCAGUAUGCCGCAAGAGCCUGCCCCCCACUCUCGCUCGACAACAUUGCCUCGUACAUCCCGAAGGAUGAGAAAUCGGACUCGGAAGAUGUACAAUUGCACCGCAUGCACAUUUUAGAAGAUGAUGGCCAUGCCAUCAAGCUUUUCCGCGCCGUACGCUUAGGCCAGAAAUUGAGCAAGGAUUACGAAAACCGAGACUGGAUCAAGAUCAAGGGCGACCUGUGGACCAAGGUCAGCCAUCUGGUGAUCGAUUCUGUCGAGUCAAGGGGGGAGCCGCGCUGGGUUCGUGGCGCUGGAGAUCCGGCAGCAUGGCAGGAUAUCCCAGACCUACCUGGGACCAACGACGGAGGGGUCUCGGAUAAGCUUCAGCAAGUCCAUUUGUGAUGUUAAGUUGGACUGGAAAAGGGUUCGGAAAUUAUAACACGUAACGUAACUCCCACGAUAACUCGCGUCUCAGUCGUUUUAUUUAUGUACCUGUAAUAUUUACGAAUAUAAAUAAAUGAAUGAAAUCUCCCUUUAGUG